GAAGGAGGGAGGAAGGAGGGGGCGGUGAAAGCAGAGCUAUGAUGCAGACAGCAAAUCACAUGAGCAGGGAUCUGUUUACAAACUGAGACCUUUAGACAGAGAACGUGGGGAAGAGAGACGAGGAAGGAGAGUGAAUGUGAGAAGAAAAGAGAAAAAAAAGAAACCACAGGCGGAGAGAAGAGACCCUAGGUCUGAGUUAACAUUGGCUGCAUUGUCUUCCUGCGUUGACAUACCUCCCCGUGUUCUGUGUUCACAGCAGGAAGCCGGGGGAAGAGAUGAGUUGCUGCUUUCCACGGGAACACUGAGAGGCUGCCUGCCUGCUUGGCUGGCUGUGCUGCCGGGAGAACCCAUCCACGUCCCUCCCUUUGUCUCUCCAUAAUUGGCAACGGCAGGUUUUCACAGCCAGAGAGGACGAAAGCAGCGUGGAGAUCUAAAAGGAGCGGACAGAGGAGUGAGAAGAAAGGGAAAAGAGAACAGAAGAAGAGGAAGGGAAGGACAGCCUUGUCACAGUGUUUCGAAAGGGGAAACAAAGCCAGAGGCUCAUAACAAAAGUGCUGUAUGGGAUUUGGAAUACAUUUCCUUGUCUUGUCAGUGACAUUGGUGUCUUCUCAUCAGCACAACUCCACGUCGGAUUCUUUGUCAUUUGUGGGGAAUGCACAAAGGAGCACUUUAGUUUCUACCUCUGAUACAUUCGCAGCCGUCUGGGAGGCAAAAUCUCACAUAAGUGGAUGUUUUUAUGACAUUCAUGGGGUAAAAUCAUCACAGCAGACUGAAACAUUGUGUUCAAGGUCCUAGGCGUCUCUGAUCAGGUGUACUGACUAUAGACCACAAGGAUUUAACACAGGUAUAAGAGGAACCUGGAGGCGGACAUCAUUUUCAGUGCUGGAAACAAUCCCAGAAAAGUUGUGCAAAUCAUAGUUUGUGAUACUGGAACGGCUUACUGGGUUUGCUAUAUGAACAUUUCUAUAUGAACAUUUGAUGCAUCCUGUCCACUGGUGUAACGGGUGUCUAUGUAACCUCGGACUGCAGAACUCUGAUCCUUACUGCAAGAUGACAUCAGAAACAUUGCACGAACUGCCGCUCAACGUCUACAUAAUCAUCCUGGGCAUCGGCCUCUUCAUCCUCAUGCUCAGCCUCAUCUUCUGCUGCUACCUGUUCAGACUGAGGCGACGAGGUGCUAGAGGGCAGUACGGCUACAACGAGGUUGUUUUAAAAGGAGCGGAGAAGAAACUGAGCCUACUUGGUCAAACAUGUGCGGUGUGCUUGGAAGAGUUUCGCAGCAGGGACGAGCUUGGAGUGUGCCCGUGUUCCCAUGCUUUUCACAAAAAGUGUCUGCUAAAAUGGUUAGAGAUUCGCAGCGUGUGCCCCAUGUGCAACAAGCCCAUUUGUCGCCUCCAGCCUGACCACCAACAACCAGUGCCUCAGAGUCUCCUGGAGGUCUGAGAGUGGAGCGUACGUCCAGCAGCACUCCACGGCUCUUCAGUCAAUUGACCUGUCACUGUACAGAAUCCUGUUCCACAAUCUGACACACAGUACUUUUAGUAAUGUGAGUAUUUAUGAGGCAGAGCUCUUCUGAAAGUGGAAAUAAAUAUAGAUAUGAGAGUAAAUAAGGAAAGCCAAAGAACAUUCCUGGCAAACUGAAUAAGGCGAGAGAUGGGAAUGGUAAUCACAUUUGAUCUGUAUGUACACGGCAUUCAUGAUAGAGUUGCAGUAGGUAGAAAUCAACCAAAGGCAGAAAAAAGGAGAAAGUUCGAAAAUAACCAGCCAUCUCCUAUGGCUUUCCCAUCGUUGGGGUUCCUUCUACCAGAUGUGCCCAAAACAAGGUAACUUCACUGUUAACAUCAUACAGAAUUCAAACCUCUCUCUCCCAUCUGAAGGUCCUGCAUGUUCCUGCUUGGAAUUCAUUUCUUUAGAUAAAAGGUGUACAUUUUGCAAAAACAUGGCUAAUUUAGUUUGGUGUUAUUCUCCCUUUGUGCAGCCAUGCACAGCUCCAAGUGCUCUGGGUAUGUUUGGAUCACCCAUUGGAAGUCCCAUUCAUGACUAGCUUUGCAGACACAAAACAGACUUUUUUUUUAAAGUCAAACUAACGCAACCAUGAUAGCGAUGAUCAUCACUAUCGACCAUAGCUGGGAAUGGCCCAGAGACCAGAAAGCAGUUUCUAGUGGAGGACUUGUUUAAGGCCAAAAAGGCAUAUCAGUUCAGAAGGUAGCACCAAGUUUUUCAGUUUUGGCUCUCUUCAGGUUUGUCCUCUUUUCCCAGCUGACAUCAAGUGAGGUUUGACUGUUUUUGAACAGAGGUGGAAGAGAUUCAGUGAGCAUCCACCUGGGCACACCAAGAGUUAGCAAUCCAAGUGGAGCAGACGUGGAGGGAGAGGUGCAGCACUUCACAGUGGGAUAAUCUGGAGUCAGAUUUAAAUAAAGCUACUUUUUAAUGGUGUGGUCAGCUAUUCCAGUCUGUGCGGAUUGCCUCGCCAAUCAUGAGCUAGCUUUUUAAAGCCUGAAAACAAAACCCAGAGAAAGUGCAGCACUCCACUUUCCUCUGCAACUGCUGGAUUACAGCACAGUGGGAGGUUAUCGAUUUUCUUUUUUUUCAUUGUUGCCAAAACGAUUUUGUCCACUGUAGCUUUAACACAGUCAAGCCAGAUGUGUAAACUAAUGGACAAGUGCCUUCAAGAUGCAUACAAUGCAAAGCCCACUAAAAACAGAUGAAGUAUUUAAGAGACUUUGUAAUAUAAAAGAGAAAAAGAAACUGGAUUUGAAGUGAAAAAUGUAGCAUCCAUGUAGUUUUGUCAAAAAACAAACAAACAAACAACAAAAACAACAAUAACUCAGACCACAAAUCAUGCUUCCCUUCAUCAACCUGUGAUGACAAAGUUGUUAUGAUUCGUGUUUUCAAAUUCAAAUUCAAAUUUUUAUUUGUCACACACACAACCAUACACAAUAUGACAUGAGGUGAAAUGCUUGUAGCUGUGCAAUGCAAUGCCCGACCAUUAAAUG